CCCUCACUGAGCCUGCGCAGAAUCCUAUCCCGGCCUGCGCACAGGCGGCGGCGGCGGCGGCGUCUCUCCCCCGUCCGCCCCGGUUUUCUCCGCUGCGAAGCCCGCUCCACUUCGCCGCCAAGAUGCCGCGGAUUAUGAUUAAAGGCGGGGUGUGGAGGAACACCGAGGAUGAAAUUCUUAAAGCAGCUGUAAUGAAAUAUGGCAAAAACCAGUGGUCUCGGAUUGCUUCUUUGUUGCAUAGAAAGUCAGCAAAACAGUGCAAAGCCAGAUGGUACGAGUGGCUGGACCCAAGCAUCAAAAAGACUGAGUGGUCCCGGGAAGAGGAGGAGAAACUGUUACAUUUAGCCAAGCUAAUGCCAACCCAGUGGAGGACCAUCGCCCCAAUCAUUGGAAGAACAGCUGCACAAUGCUUGGAACACUAUGAAUUUCUGCUGGACAAAGCUGCUCAGAGAGAUAAUGAGGAAGAAACUGCAGAUGAUCCUCGAAAACUUAAACCUGGAGAAAUUGAUCCAAAUCCAGAGACCAAACCAGCCCGGCCAGACCCCAUUGAUAUGGAUGAAGAUGAGCUUGAAAUGCUGUCAGAAGCUAGAGCUCGUCUGGCUAAUACUCAGGGAAAGAAAGCCAAGCGGAAAGCAAGAGAGAAGCAGCUGGAAGAAGCUAGACGCCUUGCGGCUCUCCAGAAGAGACGGGAAUUGCGAGCUGCAGGGAUUGAGAUCCAGAAGAAAAGAAAAAAGAAAAGAGGUGUGGAUUAUAAUGCAGAAAUCCCAUUUGAAAAGAAGCCUGCGCCCGGUUUUUAUGAUACGUCAGAGGAAAAUUACCAGUCGCUGGAUGCAGACUUCAGGAAGCUACGUCAGCAAGACCUUGAUGGGGAACUAAGAUCUGAGAAGGAAGGACGAGAACGCAAAAAGGACAAACAACAUCUGAAACGGAAAAAAGAAUCUGAUUUGCCAUCAGCUAUCCUUCAAACCAGUGGAGUGUCAGAGUUCACUAAAAAAAGAAGCAAACUGGUUCUUCCAGCUCCUCAGAUUUCAGAUACAGAGCUGGAAGAAGUAGUAAAAGUUGGCCAGGCAAGUGAGAUCGCCCGUCAGACAGCCGAGGAGUCUGGAAUUACAAACUCCGCUUCCAGUACCCUUUUAUCUGAAUAUAAUGUCACGAAUAACAGCAUCGCCCUUCGAACACCCAAAACCCCAGCUGCACAGGACAGGAUCCUGCAGGAAGCCCAGAACUUGAUGGCCCUAACCAACGUAGACACCCCCCUGAAAGGUGGUCUGAAUACUCCCCUCCACGAGAGUGACUUCUCUGGGGUGACACCCCAAAGACAAGUUGUUCAGACUCCAAAUACAGUGCUUUCAACACCCUUCAGGACUCCUUCUCAUGGACCAGAAGGUUUAACCCCUCGUGGGGGAACAACUCCUAAACCAGCAGUUGGAGCAACACCAGGUAGAACUCCCCUGCGAGACAAGUUAAACAUCAAUCCAGAGGAAGGAAUGGCAGAUUACAGUGACCCAUCUUAUACAAAGCAGCUGGAGAGGGAGUCUCGUGAGCAUCUUCGUGUAGGCCUUCUGUCUCUUCCUGCCCCAAAGAAUGACUUUGAGAUUGUAUUACCAGAAAAUGCAGAAAAAGAGCUUGAGGAACAUGAAGUAGAUGAGACCUUUGUGGAAGAUGCUGCUGAUAUUGAUGCUCGCAAACAGGCUAUUAGAGAUGCAGAACGUGUAAAGGAGCUGAAGCGCAUGCACAAAGCUGUUCAGAAGAAUUUGCCAAGGCCUUCGGAAGUUAAUGAAACAAUCCUGAGACCCUUGAAUGUAGAACCUCCUCUGACAGACCUGCAGAAGAGUGAAGAACUGAUAAAGAAAGAGAUGAUCACCAUGCUUCAUUUUGAUCUUCUGCAUCACCCAUAUGGAGAGCAGCCUGGGGCUAAGAAGGGGAAAGGCCCAGGAUUUGGAGCCAGCAGCACAGAGCAUAUGACUUAUCUGGAACAAAGUCCUUAUGAUAAGUUCUCCAAAGAUGACCUCAAAAAGGCUCAAGACCUAUUGGCCCAAGAGAUGGAGGUGGUAAAGCAAGGAAUGGGGCAUGGAGAGCUCUCAAGUGAAGCUUAUAACCAGGUGUGGGAAGAAUGUUACAGCCAGGUGUUAUACCUACCCGGACAGAACCGAUACACCCGAGCAAACUUGGCCAGCAAAAAAGACAGAAUAGAGUCUCUUGAAAAGAGGCUUGAGAUAAAUAGAGGUCACAUGACGACAGAAGCAAAGAGGGCUGCCAAAAUGGAAAAGAAGCUGAAGAUUUUGCUUGGUGGUUACCAAUCUCGGGCAAUGGGUCUCAUCAAACAGUUAAAUGAUUUGUGGGACCAAAUUGAACAGGCUCACCUGGAGCUUCGCACCUUUGAAGAGCUAAAGAAGCAUGAAGAUGCUGCUAUUCCCAGGAGAUUGGAGUGUCUGAAGGAAGAUGUGCAGCGCCAGCAGGAGCGGGAGAAGGAGCUCCAGCAGCGAUUUGCAGACUUCAUGCUGGAUAAAGAAACUUUCCAGUCAAAAUACUGAAGCACAAGAUUCCUUUGUCCAUCAAUGUGACGUUUUUCAGGUGUACAGAUACUUCUAUGUCUUGCCAUCCGUGUCACAGAAAUCAAGUAUAGGUAAAUUGCUGCUCUACGCAUCUUGUGUUGUGUGGGCUUUUUUAAUGAACUUUCAUUGUACCAAAUGUUCUAGGUGUAAAUGGCUUAGUUCAAUAUUAAAGAUUUUUGGAUUUAAAAAUCCAGGACUUUGAUAUUACAAGACGAAAUCACUCUUUUUUGUAGCCUCAUUGUCAUUGUUUGCUAGGGUUAUUACUGAUUCAUGCUCCUAGUGUUUUACCGUUCUUAAGAUCUACGGAACAUAAACCUGCAGUCUGUGCCUGUAAGUAAUGUCUCUUGAAUAAACCUGGAAUGUAAAGAUGUCUAUAAAAAGAAACAUCUUCGUGUUGCUUAUCAGGAAGGGAAUCUUUUUUAAAAAAAUGUCUCUUUCAUGCCCUUGGUCUCUCUUUUUUCACUAUUAAAAAAUUUAGAAGCGUAAUUAUCUAUAAGGGGAAUGAGAUAUAAUAUAAUCAGGACACAAAUACAGCUAAAGCGUUUCAAUUCUUUUAUCACUAAAGGCUCCUCUUUUAGCAUCUGAAUGUCCAGUGUGAUCAUUUUGGAAUGUGAAUGGAUUAAGGAGGUUAAUCUUACUGCAGAUUAACUUCACCUCUUCCACUAAGGUGGAAAAUAGAUUUUUUGGAAGCACUCAGGAUUGACCUAACUGCUUUUAUUACACAGGUAGCAACGGGAAUUUUACCACUGAGUGAAUGGGAGCAGUUAGGCCAACACAGUGGGAAUUUCCAAAAUGCUCAGAAAUAUUCACUCCACUAAACUUGCAGAACCUCAUCCAGGCUUGACUCCUUUACACUGGGUAAAAAAGGCUGCAGCAGUUUAAGGGAGGGGUAGAUCCAUCUGAGAGAGAAUUUCCCCUGGCCCAGAAAUUGAGGAAGGCAACUAGACUGUCCUGCAAGGAUCUCACAAGAAGGUGUGAUGGUGGCAGGAAGGUGCAUCAGGAAUAGGCCUCAGCUCUGGUGGUCCUGUGCAGCACUACACGCAGGGUAACCUCCCAUGGCAAAGUUAUGCGGGGAGCUUUUUAGGUCUCUUGAGCAGUCUGGAACCACAAAGUUGCUUAAAGCCACAUUAGUCUCCUCGGGCUGGAAGUUGUGUCUCUAUCAUUUAGAAGCUUAACCCAGAGCUGACUUGCUGGUUUGGAUGACUGCUUACCUAGAGACUUCUCUAAAUUGGAAGUACGAUACCUUCAAGUGGGCCUAUUUCCUAAAUCACUGAAGCAUUUUGCAGAACUAGGGCGUGAGCUGUGCUAGUAUGAAGUCAAGUUGAAGGCAGAGUAGAUUUGCACCGUAUAAACCAGUGGUCCUCAACCUAUUUGCCACAGUGGGCCACACUUGCAGGUCUCGCUGUGUUAUGUGGGCCGCACCCACACAACUUACUUCCUAUGUAUUCAUUUAACAGGAUGUCACAUGGGCUGCAGCAGUAUGCCGAUUGAGCUGCAUGCGGGCCAUAGGUUGAGAACCAUGGGUAUAGACUAGAUGCAUAAGCUUUCAAGAGGGCUGGUUAAGUGAGCUGCUGCUUACAACAGCUUAUGUAUCUCUGAUUUAGUCCGUAAGGUCAAAUCUACCCAGCCAUCCACCAUUUUUAGAACCCUGCCCUAACUCGAUUUCUGUUUUUGUUUGGGCUAAUAAUAAAUAUUAGCGGCUCGGGUUUUAUUGUGAAAUGAGUGAGACAUUUAUUCCAAAACAGUUCCUUAAAUUCAUACAUAUCUGCCGGGGAUUUGUUGCAGAAGACUGUUUUAUGUUUUGUUUUUCCAACAGUGCCUUCACAUUUCUCCAAAACCCUAGAAAAACAGCUUCUAUCCCCUUCUGCUGCUUGUUCUUCACCUUUUCUGGACAGUUGUUUGUGGAAUACAUAGCAGAGGGGAGAAGCAGCAAACAGUCGUGAUGUUCAAUACCUUUCAAAGUCAAUGUGCUAAUGCAUAGGAGUUUACACCAAAGCAUGGGCUGUACUGUGGGUCAUGAUGUAAAGGACCCUGGAAAGAAACAGGAAGUUUAUUAAACGUGCAGAUUUUCUGUUUCCCUAUAUGCCAUGGCCAUCACUCUCAUUGAUUACUGAGGCUUGAGCUCUGCUGUCUUUGCUAGGACCUGAUUGCCUGGCAGCCAUUUGAAUCUCUCCCUUUUUACCAACAGAAACAACGGGUGAGGUAUUUAUAUUAAUGCACGCCAAUUUUUCUAUAACACGUUUUUUUUUUAUUAUGCUGUCUGGCUUGUAACUAAAUCAGAGGAAGUGUCUUUAAGGAUCAAUCUUCUUGCAUCCUGGCUAUUUUAGCUUUGCUGUAUGUAGGGAAGGAAAAUUUUGUAAUGUGUAUCGUGGGAGGUAUCUGACAGUUCUUGUGGUUGGAUGGUAGCUAGAGAUUUUAACAGAAAACCCUCAUAGGUUUACCACUACCACAAUUGGGUUUCUUCCCUUUCUUGUUGAGCACUGCAACAGUCUUUGAGGUUUCUUGCAUUUCUGCUUGACAGUUUCAAUGUGAGGCAGGUAUUCAAACCUUCCAGCUCAGCACACUCUCCAGUGGAAAGUUAGAGGGACAGAGUUGUUCAGAAAAAUAAUUUUUUUCCUCUGAAAUUUUUGCACCGGUUGCAGUGAAUAUCAGAAGUUACUGCAUUUUGAAAGAAACCCAUAGAAAGCUUAUUGUGAUGUUGCUAUGUGGAAAAGGCAUCAAUAAUGAAACUUAAGUAGAGUUGCAAUGAGUUCCUCACUUCACUUAAGGAGAGAAGUUACAAAUUUAUUGUAUGACACCAUUUCAUGCUAACUGGGAGUAUAAAACUGUUUGUAACGCAUAACAGAUCUCAAUGUCAGAUAUUCUUUAACUUUAAACUCUGAAACCAGUUGUCAAAUUUGAUCCCUGAAACAAAAAAAAAAAUCAGUGAUUAUAGGUGAGUAGGGCUGGAAGGGAUCUCACAAGGUCAGCUAGUCCAGCCCCCUGUGCAAGCCAGGAUCAUCUACCUCACCCAAGUGUCUGUCUAACCUGUCCCUGAAAAUUUCCAGGAAGGGCGAUUCCACCACUCCUCUAGGUAGCCUGUUCCAGUGCUGGACCACCUUUGUAGUCAAAAAGUUCUUCCUAAUCUCCAACUUCAGUUUCCUUUGUUGCAGCUUCAGACCAUUGCUUCUAGCCCCAUCCCCUAUUGACCACAAAGAAAAGCCCAUCUCCAUCCUUUCUGUAAUCGCCCUUAAGGUAUUUGAAGACUAUUAUGAUCAAAUCUCCAACCCCCUCAACCCCACUCAUCUCUUUUCCAGACUAAAUAACCCUAGCUCUUUCAACUUUUCCUCAUAAGUCAUGCUUUUCAGGCCUCUGAUCACAUUUGUUGCUCUCUGCUAGAUUCUGCAAUAAUGCACAAGUGUGAACAACUUAACUUUUUCCUAUAAUAUACCAGCCACACACCAUGUCAAAUAGUUGUGUGGAGAUCAUUAUUUUAAGUAUUAAGUAUCUCUCUGAAAUUUUUUAGCUUCCACUUAGUUCUUCAGAACAUACCUGCAGGCCCUUUAAUGAAUUUCAGCAAAGAUUUUCUUUCCUCUUCCUGGAGUCAAAUGCACUGGCUCCUCUCUCAACUGGCACCUGCUUCGAUGUCAAGGUAGCUGUUCCUUUUGGGCUGUGGAUCAGGCACCUGGAAGUUGAUGGUACUAACAUGAAUCAUAUCAGCUGAGGCUCUAGAGGCUCCAUGUCCUGCAUAUACUAAAAUCCCACAUGCUCCAGAACCAAGGUAAAGAGGAAGAUUUUUCCAAGGCAUUCAGGCUCCACUGGAUGCCUGAGCCUCAAACUCCCAGUUGUGGGAAUUUGGAAAAUCCCCCCUAAAGUGAAUGGUGAAUUCAGUCGCACAGUUUCAAUCUUUUUAACAUAUCCCAAGUGAUGAUCAAAUGUGGCAGCUGGCCAUGAAACCUUAGGACUCACAGGCCAGAACAUUCAAGUGCGGUUAUCUGUUGUCAGCCACUGCCAUCCGUGUUUGGACACCUCAUGUCAGUUGUAAUAGCUGUGGAGGUUCAGCACCUUGGAAGACAUGGCUGCUUUCAGUUAAGUGCCUGGGCAUAGUUUCCAACUGCUAGGCAUCAAAAUCCAGAUAUGAACAUUUGUAGACACUAGCCAUCCAGCAGUAACAUGCACUAGUGUCAGAACUCUGUCCUGGCUUUAUUCAUAGCAAAGUUGCUGAAGAAGGUGGUCUGGUCUGGUCUGGUCUUUAUCUGACUCGCACUCCUCUCUGAAAUCCCUUCUUGGACAUAUCCUCCAUACUGCAAGCCCAAAGUAACGCCCGUAUUCCAAGCAGAUUUUUAAAAAUGCGGUAUUGUAUAGCAUGGUCCCCUGUACCCCACCACCCAUUUUCUUGCAUCGUGAAACACUGGCUGAAAAACAGCUAGAUACUCACCUGUGUAAAAGCAAAAGAGCCUUCUGGUCCCCAUAACUGAUUCCAGAUUCGUCCCCUUCCAUCACUCCAACACUGACUUGCAGAUUGGUUAAUGAACAACUUCACAUCUGAUCCUGUUCACACAGGCCAGUGACAAAACUCAAAUGAAUGGUAAUGGGAGAGCAGCCUCAGGCCCCAGUUUAGGAAAGCACUGAAGCAUAUGCUUAAAAUUUAAGCAUACGGGUAAAAUAAUAUUCAGUCAGGUCCAGACUAAGAGACAUGCCGAAGCAAUGCUGAAGUUCUUCUGUGUGCCCCGGGGGAUGCUGUUAAGCUUGUGCUUAAUUGUUUUGCUGAAUUGUGACUUGAAAACAGCCAAUAAAAGAUGAGGAGCAGCA